AUGAUCGGCGUGCUUCUCUGCGCCAAUUGCGCAUCGCUGGCAUCCAUUGUCCUGCUUAUGACUUCCGCCGCGUAUAUCUACUACACAGCGGUCUUGUGUCUUCUACUGACAGCCAUGGCGUUUGCCUCUCUCACAGCAUUCAUCAUGACCUUAAACCCGCCGUACAAGAGGUUCUCUACUAUUCCACCCUCGACACCGGAGACAGAGGCGCAUAUCCCGGCUGACGAAAGUCUAUGUCAUAACUGCUUAGGCCGACAGCGCCCAUCUUACAAUGGCACUCCGGUCAACAGCCAUGACUCGCGAACUUUAAGUUCUUAUUACUCACCAAGCGGGCAUCAGCAGAAGGCAUUCAGCAUUCUUGACAGCAAAAGCGUGGCGGAGUUCCUAUUUGAUGAAGACCAUUCCCUGGCUGCUCCUGCUUUUCCAAAAACCAUGCUGUCUGUUGAUGGGACAUCAGAAGGCUCUCAUGACAUGAUUCCGCUGCAUAUGGUCAAUUGGUCGUCUCUUAGAGCGUCUGAGAGUGAGCAAGUGUCGUCAGGAGGCUUGAGCCCUCGGCUCAAAGCUCCAUCACAGUCUCAUUCAUCAACGGUUGCACGAUUCGCACGGCCAAAGACCUCUACUUUCGAUUACGAAACAAGGAACCUUGGAAUUGAGCUCCCGACAAGCACUAUUGACCCCUCCGAUGAAUCUUGUAUGACUGCGUUAGACUCUACACACAGAGACUCGCUGCCGACGCGUCAGGGCACUGGUGUACAUUUGAAUAUUCAGGAGGCCAGCGGAUGUACUUUGCAGCAACCCAUUGGUCUCAGUGGUGCUCGGCUUCUCCCACUUCAAGGUGAGCCGUCUCCAGCGGUACGUGCAAAAUUUCUGGAUGCGCCUGCUGUCCGAAGACCUACAUCGGUCAGAAGCCGAACGUCUGAGGCAUUUAUGGAGAUGACGUAG